CAAGCUGCGGAAAUGAAUACCCCGAUCCCGCAGAUCAAGCUGGAGGUGUGCGAGGACGUUCUGAUCUGUUCGCAGUUUGUUAGCAUUUGUUGAUAAAAACCAGGAGAAAAAGAACAAGACUGAUAAUGAAUGUGGAACAUGAAGUGAAACUUUUAGUGCAAGAGAUGAAAAGACUAGGGACACCAAAUUCUGAUGGCAAGAUAACAGUCAAGUUUGGAGUACUAUUUAGCGAUGAUCGUUGUGCCAACAUCUUUGAAGCCCUUGUUGGAACUUUGAAAGCAGCUAAGAAAAAGAAGAUUGUGACCUAUGCAGGUGAAUUACUUCUCCAAGGUGUACAUGACAAUGUGGAAAUUAUAUUGCUGGUGGAUGAGGAAUAGCUCACUUAAAUCACUAAUAAUAGUUACAAUUUUAUUGCAAAAUACUGGUUAUUGAUGUAUUCAUGAAUUGAAAGCUUCUGAAAUAAGUUUUGUAACUUAUCCUUUUGUAAAAAUGAAUUGGGUAUCACAUUUCUCUUUAUAAUAGUCUACUGAUGACUCUGUUGUAGAGAUGUGUACUUUACAAUUCACUAUGAUUAUUUUUGUUAUAAAAAUGAAAUAAAAUCAUUGAGGUAGUAUGGA